AUGGACUCCGAGUACGUGUUCAACAUAUACAGUGCCCCUGAGGCUCCCAAAGCUCCCUCGAGCAAAAAGAAAACGAGCAAGAGGCAUCCCGGGGAAAGCAGUAAAAUGCCUCAGGCCAAGAAAGCCCGCACUGUAGGCCCCACGGUAGAUGGACCCUCAGCCAAUGCAACACCACCUCCUUCUCCUCUCGAGCAGCAGACUCCCACUGCUCCUGCCGAGUUGACACCGUCUCCACCGGCCCCAACUAACCAGACUCAGCAGGCUAGUCCUGCUUCCACUGGGGGCGACAUAUCAAGUCGCACCUUAAGAUCGGUCAAAGACAGGGUCGCAAAAAUUUUGAAGCAUGAUCGUUGCCGAGAGGCAAUAGAUUCGACUGAGACAAUGGACGUUGACUAG